UCCGUAUUCAUCUAUCACGCGAGGUCCCCAUACUAGUAAUUCAAUUUUAUUAGGCCGGCUUUGUAUUUCCAGUGUUUGCCAAUUUUUGAAAAUUAAUUAUCUACACUAUUGCAGUUUAAACUGUUAUUUUUCAGGGGUUUCCCCGUUUCCUCUUAAAAUAACAGUUAAAUUAGGAAAUUCCACGCGAGAUGAUACUGUUUAUUUUAUAGCAGCGGGUCUUACGAAAAUCUUUUUACACAGUGGGACACAACCCUUUGUUGUUAGAAGCCACGUAUGUCACUCAUCUUAAAACCGCAAAACCUAUUGAGGCGUUUAUAAUUAGGCGAUAUAAUUAUAUCACCAAGGAUGAAGUAUGGAUUUACAUUCCAUUUGAACCGCAAAUUAUAAAUGUUAAAGUGUUAACGGCAGGAGGAAAACUUAGGUCCUUUCCAAUCACUGCUUCGGUGGCAAAUUACAAUCAAUUUCCUACUUCCGCUUUAUAACCUUAAACGUGAACGUUUUAAACAAUAAUUAAGCUGCUUAGCAAGGCGAAAAAUGUUUGCUGUUAUAAACAUUUAAUUUUCUGUUGACGGCUGGCUACACUGGUUGCAUUUUCCUUAUUUUUUAGAGAAACUGCCACAGGUUAUCUUUACUGAAAUACUGCACCAAUGAGAAAUCCAUUAAAAACAGCCAACGCGAUGAAAGAAGAUUCCUAAUUUUUCCAGCAUCAUGAACCGCUAGCACGAAAUUUCUCUGUUCGAAAAUACCCAUUAAUUUACUAAUUGUUUUCACUUGCGUACUUGUGCCCUUUUGACUUUUGACCUGAUGAUCGCAGUGUGUGCACCGUCCUGAGGGGACAAUCAAGGCCAGUGGAGCAAAUCAAAGCGAUCUGGAUCGAAGUGGGAGUUGCUCUCGCAAUCGUCGAUACUUUCUAACGCAUGUUGUUAUUCGCUUUUGUCGUGCAACACUCUCACUACUUUUUGAGUCGGAAUCAUGCUGAGCGUCGAGUGCGUAGUCACUCGCUACCAAAGGAAUAGCGUUAAUGUGGAGGGCGCUACUCACAAGCAGGUAGUUGACCUGAUCAAGUCUGGCGGCGACACCCUCACCCUGACCGUCAUAUCCGUCACUCCUCAGGAGGCUGAAAGACUGGAACCUAACGAAGACCCAAUCAACUACAAUUUUAUUGACUACUCGGAAAAGCGGUCGCUGCCAAUUUCCAUCCCAGACUAUCACUACCUUGACAGGCGCGGCGAGAGAUUCGUCGUGUUCAACAUUUACAUGGCGGGCAGGCAUUUGUGCUCACGCAGAUACCGAGAGUUCUCGCAGCUACACGAAAAUCUCAAAAAAGACUUUGUCGGCUUCAGCUACCCCAAGUUGCCAGGCAAAUGGCCAUUUACGCUAAGUGAACAACAGCUAGACUCAAGGAGACGGGGCCUUGAGCAGUAUUUGGAGAAGGUAUGCGCAGUCCGAGUGAUUGCGGAGAGUGACAUAAUGCAAGAGUUCCUUACCGACACCGAUGAAGAUCAGGCGAAUUUAUCUCCUAUCGACCUGAAGGUCUUGCUACCUGACAGGGAGGUUGUCACCGUGUCAGUGAAAAAGAAUGCUACCACAGAUCAAGUUUAUGCUGCGGUUGUCGAGAAAAUCAAAAUGCGCAAAGACGUGGCCAAAUUCUUUGCUCUGUUUGAAAUAGUUGAAUAUAAUUUUGAGCGAAAACUGCAACCCAACGAAUUUCCUCACAAUCUGUACACUCAAAACUACAGUACUGCAACUGCCACUUGUUUAGCGAUACGAAAGUGGCUAUUCUCAAUUAAUAAAGAACUGGCUCUCUCGUCUGACGACCAGGCUACCACUUUUAUAUUUUGGCAGGCCAUUGACGAAGUUAAUCGUGGACAUAUCAGAGCCGAUGAGAGACUGUACCAGCUGAAAGCGCUCCAGGACUCAUCUAAAAAACACAAGUACCUAGAACUGGCGAGAGAGCUACCUGGUUACGGCGAAUUAGUGUUUCCCCAUUGCGCUUGUGACUCGAGGAAAGAGGGACACGUUGUGGCUGCCAUCUCAACCAACUGCUUCAAACUGCACGCCUGUAAAGAGGAUGGCACUCUAGUUGGUCAAACUGUAGAGUUUCCUUGGAGCAACAUCACGCAGUCAGACCUGGAGGAGGAAGGAAUGGCCUUCGCCUUUCAGUAUCAAAAACCGAACAAGAACCCACGCUGGGUCAAGAUAUUCACCCCCUAUUUUGUGUUUAUGCGUGACUGCUUCGAUAGAAUACUUGAGGAGAGCAAGUGGCCCCAAGAAUGACCCCCAUACAGUAACGUCAUUUAGAUUUUUCUUUGCUUUUUGAUAUUUUACGAAAACGUCUUGAUUGGAACUAGUUCAACCCUCUGUGAUAAGAACUCGUGUAAUAUUGUAUGUUGGAAUUUGAGGCGGUUUUAAAUUACUUCUUAUGUAAAUUAUAUAUCUAUGUAUAUACAAAUCAUUACGCUGCGAGGCAUGUUAACUGAUCGGAAGAAUAACUACGUUUGGGCUCUAGUCGAGAGAUAAACUUGCGUGUGCGUCAUGUUGAUUGUUAGAAAUUUACUUGCCGACCCUAAUUGGUUGCAACCACCAAUGAGAAAUUUUGAGAUAUUGUUUCUUAGAAGCUGGACUUACAUAUUCAUUUUUUUUAACAAACAAACGUGUACAUUUCUCAAUAUCUGCAUUUUGCGUUGCUAGACUUAAAUCAGAUUUGUUUGGUCUACAAUUAAACAAUCUUGAUUAAGGCUUUUAUUGGUCUUGAAAUGAAGAUCACUUUUGCUUUGCACAGUUUGGCCUAAAAAUUAUUACUCUUGGUGUUUGGCCAGUUUUGGUCUUGGCAUAUUUGUUGUUAACCUACUGGACAGACUUAUAUUAAAGUUGCUGGUCCACGAUCUGCGCAUUUAAAGCAAACAAUGAUUGGUUGAAGACUGGCUGCUGCAGUUGGCAAGUGUCAAAAUGUUUUCUGUUCUUGAUGAACAACGAUCUUCUCUGUAUGGAGCAUGGCCUAUCUUAUGGCUCUGGAAGCAGCUUUUCCCUUAAUUUUAACAUUCCUCCAAACUGCUGUUGUGCAUCGAAUUUUCAUAUCAAAUCUAUUUCUUUCCCCUUGGCUUGAUUCAAACAUUCCUACGGCUUCAAACUGUUCUCUUUGACGUAACCGAAGUAGUAUUGAAAAGUACAAUUUAUAUAUUAAUUUUCGAACAUUCUCCGCAAUUCUGUGUUCUAUUUGUGUGUGUGCAACGGUCUGAAAAAGAAAAACUUGAAACUUUGUCUGUUUAUAGAGACUUUGCGGAAUCAGUGCAAUAAAAGUAACAUGAUCUGCAUUCAAUAUCUACCCUUGUCGGUUUGAAUUGCUCUUCAACUCUUCUCUCAGACAAUGUUUUGCCAGACGCGAUGUCAAUUUGACGACUGAGAGGGCUGUUUUAAUUACAAUUGCACUACUGAACUUUGUGUAUUUAUUCUAAAGUGCCCCCAGGAUUGAUGCAUGUUGACCCUUGGAAUAUUUAUUAGCAUUGUAGCUUUAUUCAAAAUCAAAUUAAACUCAUGUUGUAUUUAAUGAAUGAUUAGACACAUUAAACUAACAAGAAAUCAAA